ACAAGUUCGCCAAAGAUUGUCUGGGUUCGUGUCACGGGGCAAGGUGGAAAUCGCGGAUCACGGAUCGCGGAACUUGAUCGUGAUUUUCACUGACAAGCAGUCAUACUACUUGUAGUUGUCGAAAGUUUGUUUUAUUUCCUGAGAUGUCUUGUUCACGGGACAGAUGGCUGACGACCUUCCCAUCGCAUCCUGGACCCUGGCUGAGCUGAAAGCCUUCCUGAGGAAGCGUGGUGCCUUUUUAUCCGGCAAGAAAGCCGAACUUUUGGAACGUGCCGUGUUCUACAAGAACAACCCUGAUGCCCCGCGAACUCGGUCAUCAGUCACCAACGCUGACUCUCGUGCUGUGGCAGCGGAGGAGACAGCCAAAGCACCUUGCUUCCCCACGUCAGGCUGGUCGCACGAUCCGUCCAGUUUUCCUGCAGUGACGACGUCGACUUUCAUUGAGCACAUGCUGAAAUCUGGGAAAUCGGUGCAGUGUGGAGGAGAUGAUGCAGGAGUGGUGAUGGUUCGGCGGCCGUUGGAGAGAGGCAAUGAGUUCUUCUUCGGAGGAUACGUGCAUGAUGUCUCUGUGGCCACUAGUGACAUGAACUCGUUUGUUGUUGGCAAGUGCUGGGCGUCACAGCACAAAACGACAAAGUACUGUCAGAAGCUCGUCCUUGCUACAGCCCCGGAGUCCACCAGUGCUACAGUAACGUAUGCCACGUGUGAGGGAUGUGUGGCUGGCGUCGAUGGAGGCCUCUGCUCUCAUGUGUUUGCCCUCUUGAUGGUGCUGGAAAAGUACCGCUGCACUGAGGAGGCAAGGUCCGUCACGUCAUUGCCAUGCAGCUGGGGUCCCAGACAACGAGACAUUGAACCCAAGCCCAUCAUGGACACUGUUGUCGAGAGGGCGUCCAUGGAGAGGAAGGGCCCACCUGUCAAAUGUUCCCUCUACGAGAGCAGGGAGCGAGAGCUGCGGACACCGUCAGUAGAGAAUGUCAGCCGCUUCCGUGACUUGUUGCCUGAUGGUUGUGGCAUGAAGCAGCUGUUGCCACGGCAGUUUUCUACUGUGACAAGCUUGUAUGGACCGACACCUCGUGGCAGUCCAUUGGGUUACCAAAGGAAUCCUGAUCGCGCCCCAGUCGCUCCUCAAUCACUGCCGGCGUCGACUAGGAAGAAACGGUUUCCGCCACUACCACUGCCUGCUCGAAAAGAACCCACUUCGAUGGGACUUGUUUGGCCAUGCAGCUUGCAGGAUGCACAGGCGUUGGAACGCCGAACCAUCGGCCAGUCGUCGAACAAGGAGUGGAUGGAUCGCCAUAUGUACACCCUUACUGCAUCCAACUUCCGACGCAUUGUGCACUGUAAGACUGGCCAGGAAAAGCUCCUGACGUCUCUAUUCAACCAGCGCUCUUUGUCACACAUUCCUGCCAUCCGUCAUGGGAAACAGCAUGAGCGUGAUGCUGUUGCCAAGUAUCAGUCUGUCAAGAGUGCCGGUGGCCAGCCAGUUUCGGUACGAGAUUGUGGUCUUGCAGUGGACCCAAUGUACCAGUACAUCGGUGCUUCCCCUGACGCAAUGGUGUUCGACCGGUCUGCGCAACCUCCGUAUGGGCUGUUGGAAGUCAAAUGCCCGUACGCAGCCUUUGAAAAGUCUCUGACUGUGGCUGAAGCUACUGCCCAGGACAGCAACUUCUGUUUGGUAGAAGAGGAUGGUCAACUGAAACUCAGCAGACAGCAUCCAUACUAUACGCAAGUACAAGGUCAGCUGGGUGUAUGUCAACUGCCCUGGUGUGAUUUUUUUGUUUGGUUGGGACAGAGCUUUCACUUGGAGCGUAUCUAUGCUGACUUUGAUCUUUAUAGCAGCUCCAUUUUGCCGGCACUCACUGCGUUUUAUGCUGUGCAUGCUUUGCCGUACUUGCGCAAGCUGGAACGACCAGUACCGCCUGAUGUUCCAAGUAGUGCUCCUGUUCCUCCUGCUGCUCCUGCUGCUGCUCCUGCUGCUGCUCUUGCUGCUGCUCCUGCUGCUGCUCCUGCUGCUGCUCCUGCUGCUGCAAGAUCCGCUGUGUCCCCCUGGUCGCAAUAUGAAAUGUUGCUUCCCCCCGACUUAUCACAGGCGACUAUUGAUGGUAGGAACGGCAGCAAUGCUUGCACGAUUAUCUCUGCUGUGUUUAUUCGCAACAGUCUUGAGGCUGCUAGUGCUGAUGGUGCUGUCGAUACCAGUGCUGCUGCCAUGUGUGAAGCUAUGCGUUCAGGCAACAGUAUUUAUGAUUCUCUGCACACCAACGAACUCCUUUCAUGUGAUGAAGUGUUAGCACUCCAGCCAAGUGUAGGAGUAGAUAUGUGUGCUGAGUCAUUUGUCCGACCUGCUGCUCUGGACACAAUGGUGUCGUUGAUGUCAACUCGCUCGCAGAAUGUGGCUUCUUUUGCAUAUGGUGCUGUGUUUGUUGUCACUCCAUACUCAAUCUCUCUGUGUUCUUGCCAGGGGCGUUUCAUCCUCUUUGACUCUCAUUGCCAUGGGGGUAGUGGUGCACUUCUUGCAGAUGUGCCUACUUCUGAGGCGGCUGAUUAUCUCGAGUACUUUUUUUCACACUACUACCCUCGGCUGAACUUCAAUGCUGCUGCUGCUGGUAACCCUGCAGCCCACGUAACAUUUUUAGACUUGCGACAGUCUGCUUGUGCAACCUAGCUUGCUCCACUGGCUCGCUUGUUCUCUCCCACGUACUUCUUGGUCAUUCCACUCCUGUACAUAAAUCUUUGUGCUGAUUAUCCUAACAACAUGCUGCAACCUCAUCCUGGCAGUAUCUUCGCUUGUAUAUAUCUUGACUUUGAGGGAAAGACAUAUUAUAUAUUUAUUUAUUUUUAAACUCUCCUUGUCUUUUGACGCUUGUGGGUAGUGAUGAACCCGAGACCAUUGGUCGGGGGAGCUACUCUUGCCGCGCCCCACUCUUGUCCAAUAUGUCACUGCUUGCUCAACAUUGGCCCGCUGUGCAGCAUCUGCAGGUUCUGUGGUACACUGUUAAAUAUACUGUGUCAAAUAAUAUUGUGAAGAAGGGCUGAGACUUCCUGCAGCUUCAUCUCUGAAAUAUAUUCCCAUAGCGCUGUAUAUCCGAACCAGUAUUUAGGUACUUCAAACGAAGUAAUCUGUGCUGUCAUCAAACACCCGAGCACAAACGCAGACCCGCCCCAUUGCGGAAGCAAUGAUAGCGAACAGCUACGUUUAACAUAGCAACUUGUGAAAUCUGUGUUGUCAUCAAACAUACGCACCCACGAGCACACACACACAGACCCGACCCAUCGCGGAAGCCAUGAAAGCGAACAGAUACGUUAAACAUAGUAACUUGUGCUGCCAUUCAACAGAGUUAAUUUACAACGUUUCGGCACUUGGCCAUCAUCAGGCUGCAGGGGGAUGCGAACUGAGGGUGCAUGUCAAAUAUUAUGGUGUUACACAGGGUGUAGCUACAAAGAUGAUGCGAGUUGCCAUUGUGCUCUGCGAAGUGAGUGAAGUGAGUAAAGAAAUAUGGUUGCAACAUACGUGGACAAUGCUGUAACCUACUUAGGAGGAUCGUGUUAGUUCAGAUGGCAGCAAAAGUGGGCAAUGCAAAACUAGAUCAGCAGUGCAACGUCUAGCUCCUUACUCCACAAUCAGUGGGCCAGAGAGGUUGCUCAACAAACAGCAGAUUGUCCAGACCUGGCUGAUGGAAGCAAACUGCACCAACGGUAUAUCUUUGUCGAAGAUGUGAAAUCUUGACUUGACUCUGCCGAUGGCGCGCUCGACAUGAAUACGAACACUGGCAAUUUUUUGUGUCUUGACAACAUCUUCCUUGGGCAUGAACGCUCUUGAGCCCUUGAACGGAGGAAUGUUUAAGAUGAGCCCAGGCUUAACAAGCAAGUCCUGGAUUGCGAAGCCACGAUCUGCCAUCACGCGCUUGCCUGGUGGCACAGAGUCGAGCAGUGGAAUGAUACCGCUCUCGACCACAAGCUGCUUGUCGCUGAUACAGCCAGUGAAGAGUUGGCUAAUAAACGUGAAAGUACCAUUUGGUGCGAUUCCAACAAGACCCUUAACCGUUGUAUGGGACUUGUACGACGAAUAGAGCUGUGACUGUAAUGAGAGUGAGCUAGGAAUCUCGCAGCGUAGCUCUGUAGCAUCUAGGAUGAUGAAGGUGUCCGGAAAUGAUUGUUUAAACGAUUGCGGCAUUGACUUUGCAACAUCAUCCCACUCCGGCCAGAUAGGCAUCAUCGCAAGACGAAGGUAGAGGAAACUGAUCCACAUCUUCAGUAUCGAUGAAACAGCACUCUCACUAACACCAAAGCUAUAAGCCAACUCUUCUUGAAGUCGGCCGAGGCGAAGACGCAUGAGCGUGAGUAGUAGCUGAUCUUCUUGUGACAGGAUAGAGACACGGCCACUGCCACGAGCUAUUUUCCGGCCUUCUUGCUCUCUUGCUGCUGAUUUUUCACUCAAGAUUGCACCUGGGC